CCGGGGCAUCCGAUCCCUUCGCCCCGAAAGCGUGACCGCCACCGGGUAGCGCUCAAGCACCUUCGGGCCGCAUCCCCCGGACAGAAUGACAUUAAAGACCCGCCGAAGAAUAACUAGAUGGGGGCAGAUAGAUGGACGACUGGGUUCGAGUGCUGGAUGUUGCAAACCGAUCGGGAAACAGGUAACAGAUAUGAAUUUCUCCAUAAUACUUGGGCUACAAAAAAAUGUGCCCCUGGAUCACUUCCUGGACUGGCACCAGGAGCAGCUCAAAAUCAUGUUCGUCGGGGGCCCCAACAUCAGGAAGGACUAUCACAUCGAGGAGGGCGAGGAGGUGUUUUAUCAGCUGGAAGGAGACAUGGUUCUCCGAGUCCUGGAGCGGGGAAAGCACCGGGAUGUGGUCAUUCGGCAGGGAGAGAUAUUCCUCCUGCCUGCUGGGGUGCCCCACUCCCCGCAGAGGUUUGCCAACACCAUGGGGCUGGUGAUUGAGCGGAGACGGCUGGAAACCGAGCUAGAUGGGCUCAGGUACUACGUGGGGGACACCGUGGAUGUCCUGUUUGAGAAGUGGUUCUACUGCAAGGAUCUCGGCACCCAGUUGGCCCCCAUCAUCCAAGAGUUCUUCCGCUCCGAGCAGUGCAGAACAGGAAAACCCAUCCCUGACCAACUGCUCAAGGAACCACCAUUUCCUCUGAGUACACGAUCUAUCAUGGAGCCCGUGUCCCUGAAGGCUUGGCUGGAUGGCCACCGCAGGGAGCUGCAGGCAGGCAGAUCCAUCAACCUGUUUGGGGACACCUAUGAGACACAGGUAAUCGUCCAUGGGCAAGGCAGGAGUAGAGGCCUGGAACAGGACGUGGAUCUGUGGCUGUGGCAGCUGGAAGGCUCCUCAGUGGUGACACUGGGGGAAGAGCACUUGGGCCUGGCCCCAGAUGACAGCCUCCUGGUGCCAGCUGGGACCUCGUACGUGUGGGAGCGAGCGCAAAGCUCUGUGGCCCUGUCUGUGACUCAGGACCCUUCCCGCAAGAAGUGCCUGGGGUGAUGUCUUGCUGUGGGCCCAAAGCAGUCACCAUGUGCCUGAGUGCUAUCCCGAGAGCCACCCCUGCCAAACAACUCUCCCAACCUCCACAGAUUCUCCAUGCACAUUGGCUGAGCACCUCAGUGUGCCCCCUGCUGAGCCCUGGACAUUGCCAUCAUUCACCCUCCUGCCAUUCCCAGCCCAGAAUGCCAGGCUCCUAGGGUCCCUGUAACCUCCCUUCCCCUCUAAAGCCAUCAGCCCCUGUGGUUGAACAUGUGGUGUGCCAUCCCAUCCCUCUGUUCCCACGGAUCCACUGCCCACCACUGAGAAGGACCUUAAUAAAGGCUUCCUGGAGAACAAGCA